AGUGGGGAGGGGGAAGGCCACAGCCCACAGAGAUAGGCAGGCACAGGGCUUGUGGGGAACCUGGAGGGAGGGAGGUGCCAGCGCUGGAGCCCUGAGGCCCUGCUUGGCCCCUGGGCACGGGCCCAGCUCCCAUCCUCCGGGGAUGGACCUCAUGGACCACGACAUAUUUAACAGGGAUCCCCGAGAUCACUAUGAUCUGCUGCAGCGGCUGGGUGGCGGUACCUAUGGGGAAGUGUUCAAGGCUCGUGACAAGGUAUCUGGGGACCUGGUGGCAUUGAAAAUGGUCAAGAUGGAACCUGAUGAUGAUGUAGCUACGCUUCAGAAGGAAAUCCUCAUGUUGAAAACUUGCCGACAUGUCAACAUCGUGGCUUACCAUGGCAGCUACCUCUGGUUGCAGAAGCUGUGGAUAUGCAUGGAAUUCUGUGGGGCUGGUUCUCUUCAGGAUAUUUACCAAGUGACUGGCUCCCUGUCCGAGCUCCAGAUCAGCUAUGUCUGCCGGGAAGUGCUCCAGGGACUGGCCUAUCUGCACUCCCAGAAGAAGAUACACCGGGAUAUCAAGGGAGCCAACAUCCUCAUCAAUGAUGGCGGAGAAGUUAGACUGGCGGACUUUGGGAUCUCAGCUCAGAUUGGGGCAACGCUGGCUAGACGCCUGUCUUUUAUUGGAACACCCUAUUGGAUGGCUCCCGAAGUUGCAGCUGUAGCCCUGAAAGGGGGAUACAAUGAGCUGUGUGACAUCUGGUCCCUGGGCAUCACAGCCAUUGAAUUGGCCGAGCUACAGCCACCACUCUUUGAUGUACACCCUCUCAGAGUUCUCUUCCUUAUGACUAAGAGUGGCUACCAGCCUCCCCGGCUAAAGGAAAAAGGAAAAUGGUCAGCUGCUUUCCACAACUUUGUCAAAGUCACCCUCACUAAGAGCCCCAAGAAGCGGCCCAGUGCCAUCAAGCUGCUCAGCCAUCAGUUAGUUUCUCAGGCUGGGCUGAACAGAGGCCUCAUCCUAGAUCUUCUUGACAAAAUGAGGAACCCGGGAAAAGGGCCCCCUGUUGGUGAGAUUGAAGAUGAGGAGUCGGAGCCACCCCCUGCCGUCCCUCGGCGGAUCAGAUCAACUCACCGGUCCAGCUCUCUGAAAAUCCCAGAUGCAGAUCAUUAUGAGUGGCACAUGGAAUUCAGGAGGCUGAGAGGCAUGGAGCCUGGAUCCCAGGCCAACACGGCUUGCUUACAGCCCCCUGAAGACCUCAGCAGCAGCAGAUCCAGGAGAUCUCUAUCAGAUUCUGAUGAUGACUAUGAUGACGUGGACAUCCCCACCCCUGCAGAGGAUAAGCCUCCUCCACUGCCCCCCAAGCCCAAGUCCCGUUCUCCGUCAGAUGAUGGCUUUGGGAAGAUGGAGGAUGAGGGGCAAUUGAGCCCAGGGGUGCUGGUCCGGUGUGCCAGCGGGCCUCCCCCACGUACCCCUCAUCUCGGACCCCCCCUAGCCACUCGCAGCCCCCACCUAACUGCCCACUCAGAACCCUCACUCUGGAACCCAGCUUCCCGAGAGCCUGACCAGCCCCCACGGUUGCCCCCUAGAAAGGAAAAGAUGAAGAGAAAGGGAUGUGCUCUUCUUGUAAAGCUGUUCAAUGGCUGCCCUCUUCGGAUCCAUAGCACAGCAGCUUGGACACACCCCUCCACCAAGGACCAGCACCUGCUUCUGGGGGCAGAGGAAGGCAUCUUCAUCUUGAAUCGAAAUGGCCAGGAGGCCACAAUGGAGAUGCUCUUUCCUAGCCGGACUACCUGGGUGUACUCCAUCAACAACGUCCUCAUGUCCCUCUCAGGAAAGACCCCCCACCUGUAUUCUCAUAGCAUCCUGGGCCUGCUGGAACGGAAAGAGACCAGAGCAGGAAACCCUAUCGCUCACAUUAGCCCCCACCGCCUACUAGCCAGAAAGAACAUGGUCUCCACCAAGAUCCAAGACACCAAAGGCUGCCGCGCAUGCUGUGUAGCAGAGGGUGAGAGCUCUGGGGGUCCGUUCCUGUGUGGGGCAUUGGAGACAUCAGUGAUCCUGCUUCAGUGGUACCAACCUAUGAACAAGUUCUUGCUGGUCCGGCAGGUGCUGUUCCCGUUGCCCACGCCGCUGCCAGUGUUCGCGCUGCUGAGCACGCCAGGCUCCGAGCUGCCGUCCGUGUGCAUCGGCGUGAGCCCCGGGAAACCCGCCAGGUCGGUGGUCUUCCAUACCGUGCGCUUCGGCGCGCUGUCCUGUUGGCUGGGCGAGGAGAGCACGGAACACAAGGGACCUGUACAGGUGACCCAGGUAAAAGAAGACAUGGUGAUGGUGUUGAUGGAUGGCUCUCUGAAGCUGGUAACUCCAGAAGGGGCCCCAAUCCGGGGACUUCGCACCACUGAGAUCUCUAUGACGGAAACAGUAGAGGCUGUGGCUAUGGUUGGAGGCCAACUUCAGGCCUUCUGGAAGCAUGGGGUGCAAGUGUGGGCUCCAGGCUCAGAUCAGAUGCUGCAAGAGUUAAGAGAUCCCACCCUCACCUUCCGCUUGCUUGGCUCCUCCAGGCCUGUAGUGGUGGAGACAAGGCCAGCAGAUGACCCUACUGCCCCCAGCAACCUCUACAUCCAGGAAUGAAGUUCUGGGUGGGGGUGGGGGGCUAUUAGGAAGAAUUCUCUGCACACAUACACCCCAACAAAUACACACUAUUCAUCAUGUGAAGGCCUGGUCUUUCAAUAAACUGACUUCAGCCUCUAC